AUGGAGCAGACCUUCAUCAUGAUCAAGCCCGACGGCGUCCAGCGUGGCCUGGUACAUCCUGCCUCUUGCGGGCCUCUAAAUUUCUUUGUUUGUAGAUCCGUGGUGGCGCAGUUGUUGUCGCUCGAUUUAUUCUACGUGACGCCGGUGGACGGCACUAGAGUAGUUUUCUGGCCUGGUUGGAUCUGAAAUUGACUGGUCUGUGCAGGUGGGUGAGAUCAUCAGCCGAUUUGAGAAGAAGGGAUUCUCUCUGAAAGGUAAACAGAGUGUUCCUCUCCGGUUGGUUUAGAUUCACGAGUUUAGAUUCAGGGGGAAGCAGAAAUCAUUUGCGGUUUCCUCUUCGUUUCUCUUCUCUCCUUGCCCUCACCAGGACUGAAGCUGAUCAGCGUGGAGAGGUCCUUCGCCGAGAAGCACUACGAGGACCUGUCGGCUAAGCCCUUCUUCCAUGGGCUCGUCGAGUACAUCAUUUCUGGUCCUGUUGUCGCCAUGAUCUGGGAAGGCAAGAACGUGGUCGUCACCGGCCGCAAAAUCAUCGGGGCCACCAACCCCUCAGAUUCCGCUCCGGGCACCAUCCGCGGCGACUACGCCGUUGAGAUCGGCAGGUGAGGAUCCAUGCUUGCUCUUCUUUUUCUCCUGUAAAUUCUCAUGAAGUGUUUGUUCUCUUACGUUCGGGUUGGCAUGCUCCCUGCUUGAUAUGACUCUUUGAGAGAUACUCCCACUGAGAAUUGAUCCCAUCCUCCCAUCUCUGUUAGCAUUUCUCCGAAUUCCGAAGAUUAAGUUGCUAAUUAUUUCCUUUCAUUGUCAUUUUCGUCGAAGAUGAGGAAACAUUCAUACUUAAUGGUCUUUGAUUACAGUGAAACGCAAUGUUUCUCUUUGGAUAAACUAUCUGAUCUUAAUGAUUUGAACCAGUUUUUUGCACGAUAAUCGAGGAUUGUCUCGUCUCUUGUAUGCCUUCUCAUGAUUUCCAGCUUAAAGGGUUGGCUGAUAAUUGGAAUGCGCUCCAGCUCCGGCUAGAUCAGAGAGUUUUCUUCACUAGUAAUUUUUCUCCGAUGAAAAAUGGAAAAAAAAAGCGUUCUUAUGUUUUUUGCAUGUCUGACAAUCAGGCCUGUGAUCGAGCUCAACGUCCUUGACCGGAUUUAGCAAUUUAUUGAUUUUCCUGGAGAAAAACCUUGUUGCAUCCUCAUAUGACGAAAUGUGUGGUCAACGUCUACUUUCAGGAGUAUCUGAUGAGCUUCUGUCUCUGCAGGAAUGUCAUUCAUGGGAGCGACUCUGUCGAGAGUGCGAGGAAGGAGAUCGCCCUGUGGUUCCCAGAUGGCCCUGUGAACUGGCAGAGCAGCCUCCACCCUUGGAUCUACGAGUAA